AUGGUUUGUUACCGAUUCCUCAGUUUCUUCAUCUGUACGUUCCUUAUUUUCCACGACAACGCAUCACGUGCCAUCCCUCCCCUCGCCAUGAUCGGUGGAAUGGCAAAGAAGAACUGCUCGGACCCACUGGACACUGGUGACUACUGCUGGGGAGACCAACUCAAAGCUACCUUCCUAGGAGUUUUCUACUACGGAUACGCUAUCCAGAUGGUCAGCACGUAUCUGGCUGUAAGGUUGGGGUUCACUAGAUGUGUUAGACUAGCUACGUUUAUCUGCGGGGUAGUGCAGCUUACUGUUCCCGCCACGGUCGCCCUUUCUCCCGUAUUAGCGACCAUCGUUCAGGGUCUCCGUGGGUUCGUGUGUGGGGUGUUUCUGAGUAACAAUUUCGAUUGUGCUCGAAAGUGGAGCCUCAAUGACGAGGCCAAGCUGGUUAUAUCUCUGACUGGGAUAAUGGCUUACUCUGGGGCUGGAAUUGGGCCAUUUGCUGCGGGUCUUCUCAGUAAAUCAGUAGGAUGGAGGUACGCCUUUUAUUUGAGUGGGGCAGUUUUCCUGGUUGCCUUGACAUUUAUGUGUAUCUUCAUGCCAGAUGACCCUAUAGAUGCUAAGUUUAUGUCAGAAAAAGAGCGCCAAAUGUUUCUUAAGAAGAAGGAGAAUGAAGAAAAUAGAAUAAAAACUGAAACAGAGGACAAACUGUCGCUGAAGCUGAUAUUCAAACGGAAAUAUCUCUACUGCUUCAGUAUCUACGGAAUUUGCCGAACAUUCCUCUUCUUCUCAAUCUCCACAAUGAUGCCCUUUUACUUCAACGAGGUAUUUGGCACGGACUCUGAAUUCCUAGGAUACCUCUUCUUAGCCCUCAGCCUCACAACGGGUGUUGCUAUCUUUUUAUUUAGUCGGCUCCUCCCGUAUUUAGACGCGAGGAUCCCCUGGCUACACUGCAGGGUUUUAAUGAUGGUGGUACCCAUGUUUCUGCGUGGUCUUUGUGUGGCUCUUGUUCCGAUUACUGGAAACCUGACAGCUUCAGUUGUCCUCCUGAUUAUCCACAAUAUUCUCACGGGUACAGUAUAUGCUGGUGGAAUAUUGACCGUUACUUUUGAGCUGGACCCCAUCAAUUGUACUGUUAUUGUAGGUAUUCUGAACGGAAUUGGUCAGGCAUCAGGGUUCAUUGCUCCUCUAGUAAGCGCUGCGUUUACCAGUCUGGACGAGGGAACAGCAGACUACUGGCAAGUGCGGGAAACAAGAUGGAGAAACUUCUUCUUGUUUAACGGGGGUGUGAGUGUGGUAGGGGUGCUAAGUGUGGGGGUAGCUCUGGUGUUGGGUAGGGAGGAGUGGGUCAAACAUCCCUCACUUUGUGUGCGGGAGAAUGAGUGUGAUAUUGGUAGUGCAGUGGUAGUCACUGAAUCUCAAGUGAUCCAAAAUAAUGCAGCUACUUUAAAGUGA